UGGGCGUUCCCUAGGGGGCGUGUUGAGCUGGGCUGUUGUUUGGGGAGGGCAUUUGGUGCCCUGUGUGUUGAUGAGAUAAAACUGGCUGCUCCAGCUCCGGAACCCGAGGGCCGCCCGGUCCUAGUGCCUGCUGGAUACCCGGGGCCCAGGGGUGUGGGGAGGCCGGAGGCUGCGGCCCAAGCUCACAGCGACCACGCUCCGCACAUCUCCCCGCGGACCGCUGAUGGCCGGACGCUUCCUGGGGAAGACUUUAGCCACCGUAUCUCUCUCUGUGGCCUUGGCCUCUGUGACUCUCAAGUCCUUGGGCCGUUGCAGCAUCGCGGCGUGCAGUAACUCAUUUUCAUCCUGUGGAUUUCAUCUUAACUCCAACAUGAUGUCUGGUUCUAAUGGUACCAAAGAGAAUUCCCACAACAAGGCUCGGACAUCUCCUUACCCAGGUUCAAAAGUUCAACGCAGCCAGGUUCCUAAUGAAAAGGUAGGCUGGCUUGUUGAGUGGCAAGACUAUAAUCCUGUGGAAUACACUGCAGUCUCUGUCUUGGCUGGACCUCGGUGGGCAGAUCCUCAGAUCAGUGAAAGCAGCUUUUCGCCAAAGUUUAAUGAAAAGGAUGGCCAUGUUGAGAGAAAGAGCCAGAAUGGCCUGUAUGAGAUUGAAAAUGGAAGACCUAGAAAUCCUGCAGGACGGACAGGACUGGUUGGCCGGGGGCUUUUGGGGCGAUGGGGCCCCAAUCAUGCUGCAGAUCCCAUCAUAACCAGGUGGAAAAGGGACAGAAGUGGAAAUAAAAUUACCCAUCCCAUUUCUGGGAAAAACAUCUUACAGUUUGUUGCAAUAAAAAGGAAAGACUGUGGAGAAUGGGCAAUCCCAGGGGGGAUGGUGGAUCCAGGAGAGAAGAUUAGUGCCACACUGAAAAGAGAAUUUGGUGAGGAAGCUCUCAACUCCUUACAGAAAUCUGGUGCUGAAAAGAGAGAAUUAGAGGAAAAGUUGCACAAGCUCUUCAGCCAGGAACAUCUAGUGAUAUAUAAAGGUUAUGUUGAUGAUCCUCGAAACACUGAUAAUGCAUGGAUGGAAACAGAAGCUGUGAAUUACCAUGAUGAAACAGGUGAGAUAAUGGAUAACCUUACCUUAGAAGCUGGAGAUGAUGCUGGAAAAGUGAAAUGGGUGGACAUCAGUGAUAAACUCAAGCUUUAUGCUAGUCACUCUCAAUUCAUCAAACUUGUGGCAGAGAAACGAGAUGCCCACUGGAGUGAGGACUCUGAAACUGACUGCCAUGGGUUAUAGCUCACAAUCUCCAUGUAAGCCAAAUGGCAACAAAGGAACAUGUACUGAAAAGAAGGCAGCAUCACAGAACUCAUAUAUAAAAAGGGCAGGGUAAAUUACUUGGAAAUUAUUUUAUUCACUUUCAAAAUGAUUUGCAUUUAGAAGGUUUUGCAUCAGAAUAAAAUUAGCAAAUAUGGUGAAACAACACAGAAUUUUCUGCUUUCCAGUCAAAAGAGGUAUAAAUAAUCAUAUUUUGUAUGCAUUUUAUUUAAGCAUGGCUUAAACCAAAUUUAACAACUGAUGCUCUUUGAAGAAUCAGAAUCUAAAUAAAGGUAAAUUUCUGUUCAGCCAUAACUUCUGCUUUCCAUGUAGUUCUUGUUUGUCAUUUUUUUUUCCCAUUGAUCUUCUGAGGUCUGAAGGAUGUUCCUGUCACAUCAAGCUUCUUUCAGAAUAGCACCAAUCACCAUUGUUUAAUCUGAUUUAUCUUGAAAUUAUUUGCUUUGCAUUUUGCUUCACAUGAUCUUGUUGAAGCUGCUUUCAAAAGUGGAAGCCUAAUGUAUUCCUGCCUUUAGAGUUGUAAGUUUUAUAAGGAAAUUUCAGUCACUCUUAGUUGGUAAAGGUCAAGAUCAGCGAACAAGAGCUCAUGUUCUCAUUUCCAAGAAUUGUGAAUUUAAAAAAAUGUGUGCAGGAAAUUAGUAAUUUAAAUUGCUAUAUGCAUUUCACUCUACUGUAACUGUAUGUGCCAUAAAUGAAUUAAAAAUAGAUGUUCAGAAAGGAACUGAAAUCAGAGACAGAGGAGGUCUUUGGGAGUUUUGGUGUUUUUUGUUAGGAAGAGAUUGUUAAAGACUGACAUAGGUUUUUGAGAGACUCACUAUUAACAUUGUAAUUCCCAGAGGAAAGGAAAGAGUUGGUGUUCCACAUGUUCUUGGAAGCAGGGAAGAGGAAGGAAAAUAACACUGCCUUGUCGCAUAUGUAUCACAUUCUGGCCAAGAUACCCAUUGGGAAAGUCUCAUGAUACUAAUUCCUGUCCGCCUGAGGCAGGGACUGUCAUAAUUCCAUCUGCAUUCCAGUUGGACUACAGGUGGGGCACCUGAAGAAAAGGAGGGUUAGGGGAUAGAGCCAUGGUUGUUUCCUUCAGAUAUUUGGAAAGAGUAUUAGGCUUACUCUGUAGCUAGAGGAGAGAACUAGGGCCAAGGUAAAUCCAUCAAAAAGGUGGUUUUUGUUUUUUGUUUUCUCUCCCACCAACCCCGAGUUAGUGUCAAAACUCCUUUGGGGUAAAUUGGAACUGAACUGACAGGAGGCUUUUUUCCCCUUAGUGUGACUAUAAGUUUUGCUGAGAAACAUUAGAAUGUGUUGCUGAGAAACAUUCGAAUGUUUGACUUCAGGAUAAUGCCUCAAACCUCUCUGGAAGAGUUACAAGGUUUAUGUGCAGUAUUAAUUUUCUAAAAUCCAUAAAAUCCUGGUCCUUGGGUACAUAACAAGGGACUUGUACUUGACAAGAAUGAUCUGCUCAUUGGGUGAGGGGUAGGAUAACCUUGUCCCAGCAUGAAAGAGUCUGAUUCUACUUUUACUGUUUGGUAGGAAGAAAUUGCUUCUUCCUGGCAUGGAAUAGAAUUCUCUAAAAUUGAAACUACUUACCAAAGCUCUUGAGAAAGUUUGAGCAAUUGCCUAAAGAAUGACAUUUACUUAUGUUUUCAUAGUUUUGACACAUCUAACCUGACAUUAGUAAAAUUAUUAGGUUAUAUGAAAUUUUUAUUUAAAGAAUGACUAAAGCACGUAAUCCGCAGAUAAUCAAUUUUUUUGUGGCAUUUUGUAGUUUUCAUUGGAACAUUUACAAAGUAUGCAAAAUGAUAAAACUACUAUACCCUAUAGAUAGGGUAGAAGUAGAUAAUCUUCUAACUGUAAGUAUCCAGCACCAUCUAUAAUAGAAAAAAACCAGAUUAAAAUUUUAGUUUAAGACAUUUCUGGAGGAAUAUCUGCUCCUGUAUCACUAGGUGAUAUUGCCUUCAUAUUUACUUUUCUUAUAUUUCAGAUAUAAGGAAUAUUUUUGUUUUUUUUUAGAGACAGUUAAAACAGUAAUAGAUACCAUUUAUUGAAUAUCUACAUUGUAUCACUUAAUGCUCAUAACAAUCCUGUGAAGUUAGGUGGUAUUAUUCCUAUUUCACAGAUGAAAAUGAUAUUUAGAAAGGUUGCCCCAAGGUUUAUUCAGUAAGCAAUAGAGAUGGAUUUUUUUUUUUUUUUUUUUGCGGUACACGGGCCUCUCACUGCCGUGGCCUCUCCCGUUGUGGAGCACAGGCUCUGGACGCGCAGGCUCAGCAGCCAUGGCUUACGGGCCCAGCCGCUCCGUGGCAUGUGGUAUCUUCCCGGACCAGGGCACGAACCCAUGUCCCCUGCAUCGGCAGGCGGACUCCCAACCACUGCGCCACCAGGGAAUCCCAGAGCUGGAUUUUGAAUCCUGGUGUGCAGGGUUCCAGAGCCAAUUCUCCGUCUGUUGUAUUCCCUACUAAGUUUAUGAAGCUUUUAUGAUUUCUCACUUUAAGUUUGUAGUUUGGAAGAUUCUAUAUUAAGCAAUACUCAUGUUAUCCAUAGUAAUACGUUUAUGGUUUGUGACUUGAAAUUUAAGGGCCACAUCUGAUUUGGCUAGCCUUGUUAAACUUGUUCACAUAAUUUUGGCCCAGAGACAAUUUAUUGAUAAUAUCUUAACCUAAGGAUGAGCGGCUAAAAUCAGUGUGUCUUGCCUGCAGGUGUUCUUGAGAUUUGAAAGCAUUUCAAACUCAAAUAGAAGCAAGAUACUAAACAUGCUAAAGAGGGCACCUAAAAUUUCUAACCACUUUUAGAGGCUAAAUGCUACUCUGUCUUACAGUAUAAGGACUUAUGAUGGUUGCUGUUAUUUUCUAAAAUAUUUGUGAAAUUUUAAUAAAUAAAUUGAUUUCAAAACA